AUGCUGCGCCGGCUCGUCGCCGUCGCGUGGCUGGGCGCCGUCGCGUCGUACAAGUGGGACAUCUCGGACACCUACGGCCAGGAGAAGCUCAGCUUCAGCGAGCUCUACCAGUACGGCACGGACGACGGCCCGUUCCCGGUGACGCGCGGCGCGUCGUACGUCCUCGUCGACCUCGAGGGCCAGCUGUCGAAUCCCUACAGCAGCGCGAACGUCACGGUCCUCGCGUUCACGUCGCCCGGCGAGCUCGAGCUCGGCGGCGUGAACUUGUGCGCGCGCGAGCUGCCCGCGGGCGUCGAGACGAGCGCGCGCCGGUCGUUCGCCGUCGACGCCGUCUCGAGCCGAAAGAUCCGGCUCUACUACGAGGUCCCGACGUCCGGGCUCCAGUACGUCGCGCUCCAGGUCUGCGACUCCUGGGCGCCCGUGCUCCUGCGGCUCGAGGGGACGAUCACCUUCAAGAACCCCUACGGGUUCCUGCCGGCGAUGUAUUUCGGGUUCCUGCCCUUCGAGCUCGUGCGCGUCGCGAGCUUCGCGUGCUUCCUCGCCUACUUCUUCGCGCUGCUGGUCAUCCACCGGGACAAGCUGCUGCCGCUGCACUACGCCAUCUUCGCGGCGGCGCUCCUCGCGGCGGCCGAGGCGGGCGCGUGGUUCUUCUCCUACCUGUCGAUGAACGCGUCGGGCGCGCCGCUCUGCUGCCCCUUCCCGUCCCACGUCAUCGCCGCCAUGACGCUCGAGUUCCUCCGGCGCACGCUCACGCGCGCCCUGCUCCUCGUCGUGUCGCUGGGCCACGGCGUCGUCCGCGCGUCGCUGACGACGCGCGAGGCGCUCGGCGUCGCGCUCCUGCUCCUGGGCUACCUCGUGUCGUCCAUCGUCGCCACGGUGACCAAGGUCGAGGAGUCGUCGGACCUCCACUCGGGGAGCAAGGCGUCGACGACGUCGGACCUGCCCGUGCUCUUCUUCGACCUGUGCUUCCUCGUGUGGAUCUACAUGGCCUUGGUGGGCACGAUGGACGCGCUCAAGGACGACAAGCAGACCUACAAGCUCGCCAUGUACACGAAGCUCGCCUACACUAUCGGCGCCUUCGUCGGCCUCGUCUCCGUGCUGACGGCCGUCAUCUUCGCGAGCCGCCUCGAGCUCUUCGACUGGCCCUGGCAGCUCUACUGGCUCCAGACCGUGUCCCUCGAGAUCCUCAACUUCGCCGUCAUCGCCGCGGUCACCGUCAUCUGGAAGCCCACGGAGCACGCCCAGCUCCUCGUGACCAUGCAGCAGCUGUCCACGGACGACGCCGCGGGGCCCGCGUCCGCCGCGGACGACGACGACGACGAGGGCCUCGAGCUCGCCGAGACGGCGCCCAAGGACCUGGUCUAA